GUCCUGGUGGUUUAGUUGACAUUCAGCAACUGAAGGGGGGCUGGAACUGCGUCUACGCACUUUAAUGGCUUUAUAGAGACGUCGGACCUCAGUUACUUCAUCAAACAACAUGAAUUUCAUCAGGUCUCGCCUUUCCAUCGGCAGCCUCCUCGGUCCGAGGUGCAGACAGAUCACUGAGACAAGGAGCCACAGAGGGAUGUGCAAUAAACUGCCAGAAGCGAAGUCAGAGCCUUCACCUUCAGCGCCAGCACCAGCACAGGCUCAGCGUCCUCUGUUCAGACUCCCAGGCUGCAGACCCUCAAACAUGGACAAGAAGAUUUUGGUGUGGACGGGACGCUUUAAGACAGUAGACCAGAUACCAGAGACUGUGUCAUUCGAGAUGAUUGAUGCGGCCAGAAACAAAAUUAGAGUGAAGGUUGCCUAUAUGAUGAUGGCCGCCACAAUAGGGGCCUGUUUGUUGAUGGUGAUCCUGGGCAAAAGGGCUGCAGGCAGGAAUGAGUCCCUGACAGCUCAAAACAUGGCGAAGAAAGCCAAAUGGAGGGAGGAACUCCAAAGAGAAAGCCAAAAUGCUGUUGCCCUGUCUGAGAAGCCUCAGUGAUGGAAGACGUCUUCACUGGGUCAUGUUUUCCCCACAUACUGGGCUCGCAGUGUCCCUUCCUGCUGUAUGAACCACGACUUCCGAGCUCUUCACUCCCAUCCUUUGAAGAAGUAGUACAAUCGAAAGACAUCACAGCAGUUAAUAGUUAGUAGUUGGAGAUUGGCCUUAGCACACAACCAUAAACUAUUUAAUACUAUAAUGCACAGUUUUAUCUGACUGAAUGUAUGAAAUUAUAAAACUGGCUCUUGGUACCAACCAUUUUUGCGGCGCCAGUAUUUGGUUGUCUCACAGGAGAAUGGAAACCUAUAGCAGGACUGAACUUGGUACUGUGACAAAUGAUUUAACAGACAAUUUUUAUUUCCCCACUGGGAUCAGUCAAGCUCUCUUCUUAUCAACGCAUCUAGUGAACUUCAAACACUUACCUCUCAUACAUUUUUGCCAAAGGCAGCCUGUUUUUAAAAAUUUGCAUCAGUGGUAAAGUGUUCGCAUUAAACUGCCUUUUGAAGACAUGUCGAGUCUUCAGUUUUCCUCGAACAUCAAGUUGUGGAUCAGACACAAACUGUCUGUCCUGUCCUGAUACUCAUGUAAUUAGGCUUGUUUGUUCAAGGCUGGUGUGGCAUCUGUUAGUAUAUAGGACCACAAAAAGAAGAAAAAAAAAGUUCAAUAAAGAAAUUCUUCUUGAGAUGUCUU